CACACAUAUUUCUGUAUUUUGUAAAGGGAAGGAAGAGAGAGUAGUAGUAGUAGUAGUAUUUUCUAAAUAUUAAAAUAGAAGAAAAGGGACCAAAAUCUUAGCCGUAAAAUCCUCACAGGCAGCUCCUUCGCCAAUCAGCGUUUCUAUUCAUCGGAAAAUUCUGCUGCCCUACGAAUCGAUUGAAGGAUCUGAACACAAAUGAAUUUCAAGCCGCCGGAGGCGCGGUCGCCCUCCUCGACGGCGACGGCUUCCCGCUCGAGCAGCUCCAUCGUGACGGCGGAGAAAGCGUUCUCCUUCAUAUCCAAGGGCUGGCGCGAGGUGCGCUCUUCAGCUGAUGCCGAUCUCCAGUUGCUCAAAAACCGAGCCAACUCCUUCAAGAACCUAGCCGACAAAGAACUCGAGAAUUUUCUCAACUCUGCUUCGAAAUCGCCCUUCAGUGUUCCCACAAUUACCGCGUCCGCCACUCUCAACCCCGCUCCCCCUGCGGAGAUAGACUUUGUCAAGAAGCUUCAGCCGAAAUUAUCGGAAAUCAGAAGGGCGUAUUCGUCGCCGGAGUUCAAGUUUUACCCACGGCCGCAGAUUAAGAUUGAUUUGUCUGCGAUUAAGAACGCGAUUGUGGCGGAGGUGGGCGAGGAGGAGGAGGAGGAGGAGGAUGAUAGAGAGAGGCUCAGGAAAUGGAGGAGGGUGAGGUUUAAGGAGAGGGAGAGAGAGGAGGGGCAAUUUGGGGAGUUCUGGGAACCCAUCAAGACUUUUAGGUCGAGGCUGAGGGAAUUGGAGCACAAGAGCUCUAGUGAUAUUCUGGAGGGGAUCAAGAAUAGUGAGUUUGUCGAGAAAUUAAAGUCAAGCCUGAAAGCAAUUUACAAGGAUCCAAAUGACCCGAAGGAGGUUCCGCCCCUUGAUGUACCAGAACUCCUGGCGUGUUUGGUGAGACAGUCUAGCCCUUUACUGGAUCAACUCGGUAUUAAUAGAGGCAUAUCAGACAAGAUAGUGGAAAGCUUAUGCAGCAAACGCAAAAAUCAACUUCUAUUACGUUCCGUACCUGCAGGCGAGUCAUCUAUGAUUGAAAGUGAGAACAUCAAUGAUGAGUUAGAUUUAAGGAUAGCCAGUGUUCUCCAGAGUACAGGGCAUUGUUAUGAAGGUGGCUUUUGGAGUGACUUUGGAAAACACGAUGCAUCAGAUAAAAAGAGGCACGUGGCUAUUGUCACCACUGCCAGCCUUCCUUGGAUGACAGGAACAGCUGUAAAUCCAUUGUUCCGAGCGGCAUAUUUAGCAAAAUCUGCUAAGCAGAAUGUCACGCUUUUGGUUCCAUGGCUUUGUAGGUCAGAUCAAGAACUUGUUUAUCCCAACAAUCUCACAUUUAGCUCGCCUGAGGAGCAGGAAAGUUAUAUACGUGGUUGGCUUGAGGAAAGGAUUGGCUUCAAGGCUGACUUCAAGAUAUCGUUUUACCCAGGAAAGUUCUCAAAAGCCAGGCGGAGUAUUAUCCCAGCUGGAGAUACUUCUCAGUUUAUUUCAUCAAAGGAUGCUGACAUUGCAAUCCUGGAAGAACCAGAACAUUUGAAUUGGUACCAUCACGGUAAACGCUGGAGUGAUAAAUUCAACCAUGUGGUUGGCAUUGUUCACACAAAUUACUUGGAAUACAUCAAGAGGGAGAAGAAUGGUGCUCUCCAGGCUUUUUUUGUUAAGCACAUUAACAAUUGGGUUGUGAAAGCAUACUGUCACAAGGUCCUUCGGUUGUCUGCUGCAACUCAAGAUUUACCGAAGUCUGUGAUUUGCAACGUUCAUGGUGUAAAUCCCAAGUUCUUAAAGAUUGGAGAAAAAGUAGCUGCUGAAAAGGAGCGUGGAGAGCAAACUUUCUCUAAGGGAGCAUAUUUCUUAGGCAAGAUGGUAUGGGCAAAAGGGUAUAAAGAGUUGAUAGAUUUGUUAGCAAAGCACAAAAAAGACCUUGAUGGCUUCAACUUGGAUGUGUAUGGCAAUGGAGAGGAUGCUCAUGAAGUUCAGAGCACUGCCAGAAGACUAAAUCUGAAUGUCAACUUUAUGAGAGGCAGAGAUCAUGCAGAUGACUCCCUACAAGGUUACAAAAUCUUUAUAAAUCCAAGUGUCAGUGAUGUGCUCUGCACUGCUACAGCUGAGGCCCUUGCCAUGGGAAAGUUCGUUGUUUGUGCAGAUCACCCAUCAAAUGAUUUCUUCAGGGCAUUUCCCAAUUGUUUGACAUACAAGACCCCUGAAGACUUUGUUGCGAAAGUAAGAGAAGCUUUGGCCAAUGAACCUCAGCCUCUUACCCCUGAGCAGAGAUACAGCCUUUCAUGGGAAGCAGCCACCCAGAGGUUCAUGAAAUAUUCGGAUCUUGACAAGAUUUUGGAUAAUUCAGGUGAUGGAUAUUCAGGUAGGAAUAGCAAUAAGGGUUUGACGAAGUCAACUUCAUUGCCCAACCUGAAUGAAAUGGUUGAUGGAGGACUGGCAUUUGCUCAUUACUGUCUCACUGGAAACGAGUUCCUUAGGCUGUGUACUGGCGCAAUCCCUGGGACGAGGGACUAUGAUAAACAACAUAGCAAAGAUCUUCGUCUCUUGCCCCCACAGGUUCAGAACCCGAUAUAUGGCUGGUAGAUGGAUGCUUAACUAAAUUGUAAAUCAUUAUUUAUGUCAUGUAAGAUAGAUAUGCAAGAUAGAUACGCAGUGUCUUUAGGGUAUAUUACUGCACUAGCUUGGACUUGAUUAGCUAUGUCGUUAGGGUAUAUUACUGCACUAGCUUGGACUUGAUUAGCUAUGUCGUUAGGGUAUAUUACUCCACUAACUUCGACUUGAUUGGUGGUGCUUCAUGGCAAUAUUCAAUUUUGUUUUUUUUUUUUUUCUCUUUGAUCUGUAGCUAUGAAAGAGUAGAAUGACGGGGAUGGUAAACUGUUGCAUGUCCUGAAUGUAAAUAUAGCUUCUUUAAUCUACUUUUGCCCUAUA